GUGGAGCUGUGACUGUCACCUCCCCCACAGGAAGCCAUCGGGACGGGGUGGGGGGUUGCUGGCAUACGUGCUGGGUGUCUGCAGCAGCAUGGAGGCCUGUGUGUCUUCAGUCCUGGUGUUGGCCCUGGGGGCCCUGUCGGCAGGCAGCUCCUUUGCAGCCCAGAUUAUCGGGGGCCAGGAGGCGGCCCCCCACUCACGCCCAUACAUGGCCUCGCUGCAGAGGAACGGCUCCCACCUGUGCGGGGGGGUCCUGGUGCACCCAAAGUGGGUGCUGACAGCCGCGCACUGCCUGCCCCAGGGGACGGCCGGGCUGAGGUUGGUGCUGGGGCUCCACGCCCUGGGCGGGCCCGGCCUCACCUUCCACAUCAAGUCCGUCGUGCGGCACCCUCGCUACAGACCGCCCCCUGUCCUGGAGAAUGACCUCGCUCUGCUCAAGCUGGAAGGGAAAGUGAAGCCCAGCAGGACCAUCCGGCCCCUGGCCUUGCCCAGUAAGUCGCAGGUGCCCGCGGUGGGGGCCCGGUGCAGUGUGGCCGGCUGGGGGCUGACCCAGCAGGGCGGGCGCCUGGCCCAGGUGCUGCAGGAGCUGGACGUGCACGUGCUGGACACACGCAUGUGUAACAACAGCCGCUUCUGGAGGGGACACCUCUUCCCCAACAUGGUCUGCCUGGCGGCUGCCUCCAAGGACCAGGCUCCCUGCAAGGGUGACUCAGGCGGGCCCCUGGUGUGUGGCAAACGCCAGGUGGUGGCCGGGGUCCUGUCCUUCAGCUCCAAGAUCUGCACCGACACCUUCAGGCCCCCAGUGGCCACCGCUGUGGCACCUUAUCUGCCCUGGAUCAGAAGGGUCACCGGCUGAUGUGGCCUGAUGUCCUGGGGUGAUGGGGACCCCCUCACUCUCUCCAGAGGACCCUGCCCCUCGGGGGUGCAGCAGAAUUGGGGGGAUGGGUGGGAGGGGCAGGGAGGGAACCAAUAAAUCGUGAUGAAG